AGUUAGAUCCCAAGCAUAAGCUAAGCACCUUAUUUGCUUAUCAUAGGCUGCUAUUCUGUAGAAUUUAUGAAGAAUGUUGUUGCCCCCGUAACGCGGGGUGAGAGAAUUGCACUUUUGAUAAGAUAGAAGACAUAUGUAAAGUUUAUAAGUGUUUUGUAAAUAUAGGGUUGACAAAUUUAUGUGUCUUGGGAAGCUAGAUUUUGCAAGGUUAACUCAUUUAUUUGGAGCAGUUUUCACAGGAAGCACUUUCUGAACAAAGUGUUCGCAAUUAGCAGAAUGGUACAUGUGGCCAAAGAAGGCUGGCAAAAAGAAAAGCAUUUAUCUGACUAUUUAAGCAAAUUUAUAAAAAGCAAUAGGUCUGGGGAUACUGUUAAACAGCAACAAAACUGUGUUUUUCUAAUGUCAGUAUGUCUUUACCUAGUAUCACCAAGGGGAAAGGCAAAGGUUAAUCAUCUCAACUUGCAGUGGGAAAGGAACUGCUUCGUGCAGGAAAUCCUAAGGUUGUUCAGUAUCUUCACUGUGACUGCUCAAGCUUCCCAUCUCCAGUGUUCCUUGGAAUCGGACAGAUGGCAGCCACUAUACUUAUCUUGUAUGUGUCAAAAUUAAAUAAUAUCGUUCACUUCCCUGAUUUUGACAAAAGUAUACCUGUGAAGUUGUUUCCUCUGCCUCUGAUUUAUGUUGGAAACCACAUAAGUGGAUUAUCAAGUACCAGCAAACUCAGUUUGCCGAUGUUUGCAGUGCUCAGGAAGUUUACCAUUCCACUUACUUUACUGCUGGAAAUCAUCAUACUUGGGAAGUGGUACCCACUGAGUAUUAUAGUCAGCGUGUUUGCCAUCAUUCUUGGGGCCUUCAUAGCAGCUGGGUCUGAUCUGUCUUUCAAUCUGGAAGGCUACAUCUUCGUAUUGCUGAAUGAUAUCUUCACAGCAGCAAAUGGAGUUUACACAAAGCAGAAAAUCGAUCCAAAGGAGCUGGGAAAAUACGGUGUCCUGUUCUAUAAUGCUUGUUUCAUGGUGGUUCCAACAGUUAUUAUUAGCUUUUCUACUGGAGACUUUCAGCAGGCAAUACAUUUCCAGCACUGGACAAAUUUUUUAUUUCUCUUUCAAUUUGCUCUUUCCUGCUUGUUGGGGUUUCUCUUGAUGUAUUCUACUGUCCUAUGCAGUCAUUACAAUUCUGCACUCACAACGACAGUAGUUGGUGCCAUCAAGAAUAUAUCCAUCGCUUACAUCGGAAUGUUGAUUGGUGGAGAUUACAUAUUCUCUGUGUUAAACUUUAUAGGCCUAAAUAUUUGCAUGGCAGGAGGACUGAGGUACUCAUUUUUAACAUUGAGAGGAAGCAGCCAGCCUGCACGACCUGAGGAUGAAGAGAAUGCACUUCCUGCCUCAAAGAGUUAGCCAAAGUGCCUGCCUUGAAAGGGACUGAAGAUACAUGUGUGCUUAGCAUUGCUGAGAACUUAAAUAACUAUAUGAUGGGACACAUUUGGAACUAGAAAAUCUACCUCGAUUGUCACAGAUGUGAUUCAUUGGCUCAGAAAUGUUCUUGCACACCAUGUUUUUUACAUAUAGACUAGUUUAAUUUCAAGGGUUUUUUUUACACCACAAGCCAAUUUAUAGGAAGGAAUGCUAUGAGCAAAUCUCAAGCUGUAAAUUUCUGUGUUUACCUGUGUUUGGGUGCUGUUUGUACUCACCAAGAUCAGUGUCUGCCGGUAGUCUCUUGUGGCAAAACUCCCUUUAAAGACCAUGAAGCCUGAUUCACCAUUGCCUUAUGCCAUGUGCGAUCCUUACUGUCAGUGAAGAGAUCAAAAAUCCUGGUGGUGCAGACUGUUUUCACAUUACCUGUGUGUGGGUGAUACAGAACAUAUGGGGCAAAGAGCAUAUGUUCCCCCAGAUUGUUUCCUGUGUUAGUGUUGACUAAAAAUUGGGGAUAUGUCCAAGUGUGUUCAGUAUACAUUGUGUAGGCAUUCCCUUUCAGUCUUUUCUUCAUCCUCAAUAACACCCUGGUGCUCUGCUGCAAUUGGCACUGUUAAAAGUGAAUCCUCAUAACUUUGCAGCAGGUUCAAGGAGAGCAGGAAAAUGACAGAGGAUUUUUCAGUAUUUAAAGGUGUUUUUGUGUGUGUGUGAGAGAGAGAGCAAGUACCAAAAAAAAGUAAAUCUGUUUUUGUUUAUGUGAAUUUUUCUUUUAAAAUCACCAUCACCUCCUCUGAUAUUUUGUCUAUAUCUUGCUGCAGAGAAGUGAUGCUGAUAUGUACAAACAUAGUAGGGAGGGGAGACUGAUUGGUAUAUGGGAGACUAACUCGUGUUUAAAAUGAGAAGAAAGGCUCAGUGUCUUGUUGUGUCUUUAUAUAUAUAUACAGUGAAAGCUUGUCUGGUACUAGUUUAUGCUUUAAAUUCUGAGCAAGAAAUCAUUAUAAGCCUGGGGAUUGCUGGAGUAGGCACAGUCCACACUUGUGAUGGUCUGAGUUAUCAUCUGGGACAACAGUGACACUGCUCUGUAUCUGUAUUUCAUUCUUUGAAAAUAUGGUUGACAAUGCUUACCUGUGCCUCUGAGGAUAAAGUGUUAACCUCUGAAAACAUGAUAGAAGCACUGCAGCACUGGAAGACAGCAGAGUAAUUAAUCUUGUUGAAAGUCUCAAUUCCCUGCAAGCAGGAGCCAAGAUUUUUGAAAAUAAUCAAAUCAAAAGAAGAUUUUGGAAGACUUUGAUGUGGAACCAGCGUAGUCUAAUGACUUGUUUGAUCCCCCUCUGAAUUAAAGCAGAGCUAAAUCUGAAAAGCAUUGCUCUGUGUGUAGCACAUGGAUGACCAGUCUGGAUUAGGCUGAUGUGGGUGGAUCACACCAGAAGCUUCAGGGAAUGACUGGGCUUCCCACUGCCUGCAUAGGUGUGAAUGCCAAGUGAAGCAGUGACUGGAGAUACUACAAGUGGAAUUUAAGGGCACAGUUGAAGUGAAAAGAGAAAUCUGAGCUCUCCCAGUUGGCUAAGAGAUGUGACUUGCGUUUUCUCUCUGUUGAAGGUCUGGGGAGGGAAGGAUUUGCUGCAAAUAUUUUAAGAGUUUUUAAAGAUUUCCUUUAUCCUUAAAAAGUCUUCAAUAUUUUUGAGUGCAUUCUUUUGUAGGACUGCUCUUUUUCCAGAUCAUCUCUACCUCCACAAUCCAAAUUAUUGAACCUCAACCCUCUGCAGUGAGACAAGGCAUUGGAAGGUUUUCAUUGAUUAUGAAAUGAUUAUGAGUGCCAUUUGAUUGCAAUACUGAUGAACAAACAAUGGCACCUGCUAAAUAAGAUGUAGUUACCACCAAGGAACACCUACUGUGUGCAUUGAAUUAAUUAAUAUUUUGCUGUACCUUUUAUAAAUAAAAAUAUAUGAAUUAUGGUUUUAAUAAGUUUUUUGAUUUUUUUUUCCCCCUGUGGAUGGACACCUGCUCUCAAGCCCAUGCACAGGGCAAAUAUUUGCUUUCUCUAUAAUCAACAGCUAUAACAUCCUUGAGGUAGUUUCAUUGGUUCAUUCUGUACCACAGUGGAAAUUACUUUAUUUAAUUCAUUGUUCAUGUAAUAUUUUUUAGGUCCUUCAGACUUAGACUUCUCACCUAAAAUACAGACCUGAUUUUCAUAGUCUUUAUGAUAGUAUUACUCAGAAUUAUUUAAAAAAUACAUUUAGGAAUAACAAGUUGGUACUAUCUAGAAGGACGUGCAAGUGCUUGCAUACUUUCACAAAGCAACUCAGCUUCAGUCACUAACUAUUUUCCUCUGUAUCUGCAGAGAGAAUGUAAAAGAUGAAAAUUUGCUGGUUAAAACCCUGAGAAUAUGGUCUCAACCAGACACAAUAUUGUGUUAGAAUUUAGGCAAUUACAGAAAGGGCUGUUUCAUUCAGAACCUCAGAAAUUGUGUCUUUCAGCUGAUAAGAUAGGAAUUUAAAACUCAUUUUUGUUAGAUACAGCUGUUGAUAGUCCUCACCUUUUCUAUAGAUUUCAUAUUAAUGAAAUUAAGGUUUCAAAAAUUACACUGGUACCAUUACAGGAGUCGAGGUAUAUUUACAAGGGAACAUACAAAGAAAAACAGUAACUGGACUAGCAAGGAAUAUUGUCCUGUACCUUGAUCUGUUCAUACUCUAAAUUUUAUGGGGAUUUCUAGGCAGUGGCCUAGCUCUAGUGGAGUGAGAUUAAGAGACAAAAAAAUAUGGUCACCCAAAGAACUUCCUAUCCAUGCACUUUGUAAAGUUCUUGCAGUGAUUCCUAUGAAAGUCAGAGAGGCAAUACCUCAGACAAAAACCUUGGAGUGGGCUCAAUAAACAAGUCUUCACAUUCUUAAGAAUGUAUUAUUUUUCCUCUCAGUAUCUAAUUUACUACUAGGCCCCUGAAGUUCCAUAGUCCUAUCUGAGACUCCUUGUCAACCUCGGGA